AUGGCGGCUGCAGGAUCAGGACGGCCUCAGUUUCUUUCGAGUAACAGAAGUUUUUCAAACUCUCCACUCAUCGAUAACUCUGAUCCUAAUCAGAUUAUUGUUCCUGAGAAGAAGAGUUGGAAGAAUUUCUUUGCGUACUUAGGCCCUGGUUUUCUUGUUUCAAUCGCUUAUAUUGAUCCUGGAAAUUUUGAAACUGAUUUGCAAUCCGGAGCAAGAUAUAAGUAUGAGUUACUUUGGAUCAUAUUGGUGGCUUCUUGUGCGGCUUUGGUUAUUCAAUCCCUGGCUGCAAAUCUUGGUGUUGUCACAGGAAAACAUUUAGCUGAGCAUUGUAGAGCUGAGUACUCCAAAGUUCCAAACUUUAUGUUAUGGGUUGUCGCGGAAAUUGCAGUAGUCGCUUGUGACAUACCUGAAGUCAUCGGAACAGCUUUUGCUUUGAACAUGCUCUUUAGCAUACCGGUAUGGAUUGGUGUUCUUCUGACCGGAUUAAGUACACUGAUGCUUCUUGCACUUCAACAAUACGGGGUGAGAAAGCUGGAGUUCUUGAUUGCCUUUCUUGUGUUCACAAUUGCUAUAUGCUUCUUUAUUGAGAUCCAUUACUCAAAGCCAGACCCAGGAGAAGUCCUACAUGGUCUCUUUGUUCCUCAACUUAAAGGAAAUGGCGCAACUGGUCUCGCAAUCUCUUUGCUCGGAGCCAUGGUUAUGCCGCACAAUCUAUUCCUCCACUCGGCUUUGGUUCUCUCCAGAAAAAUCCCUCGUUCCGCUACUGGAAUCAAGGAAGCGUGCAGGUUUUACUUGAUAGAAAGUGGAUUGGCUCUAAUGGUGGCCUUUCUCAUAAAUGUCUCUGUGAUAUCAGUAAGUGGUGCAGUUUGUAAUGCCCCGGACUUAAGCCCUGAAGAUCGAGCUAAUUGUGAGGAUUUGGAUUUAAACAAGGCGUCGUUUCUACUACGGAACGUUGUGGGGAAAUGGAGUUCAAAGCUAUUUGCAAUCGCGCUUCUUGCUUCCGGUCAGAGUUCAACGAUCACUGGAACUUACGCUGGACAAUACGUCAUGCAGGGUUUUCUUGAUCUAAGACUCGAGCCAUGGCUUAGAAACUUACUAACAAGAUGCUUAGCUAUAAUCCCUAGUCUAAUCGUUGCUAUCAUCGGUGGUUCAGCUGGAGCCGGAAAAUUAAUCAUCAUUGCCUCGAUGAUCUUAUCCUUUGAGCUUCCGUUCGCACUAGUUCCUCUUCUGAAAUUCACUAGCUGCAAAACCAAGAUGGCUUCACACGUCAAUCCAAUCGCGAUUUCAGCUUUGACUUGGGUCAUUGGUGCCUUUAUCAUGGGAAUAAACAUAUACUAUCUAGUAAGCGGCUUCAUCAAGCUCCUUAUCCAUAGUCACAUGAAGCUUGUCGCGGUCGUCUUCAGUGGAAUUUUUGGGUUCUCAGGGAUUGCCAUCUACUUAGCUUCUUCCAUAGCUUAUCUUGUCUUUCGGAAAAACAAAGAACCAACUCAUCUUCUUGCAUCAAGAAACUCACAAACUGAGGAAACACUUCCAAGAGAAGACAUUGUCGAUAUGCAGUUACCUGGUAAAGUGUCUACAUCGGAAGUUGAUUGA